AUGUCGUCGCUACGGCCGCUAAUCUUGCAAAGACUCACGAUGAAGACGACUCCUCUACAUUUGCGCCCUCGUCCUCGGAGUGUUCCCCAGACACCUCUACCAUCUCGUGCUCGAGCCUUUACUUCCAUACCGGGUAUACCAACACCCGAAGAAGAAGACGAUGGCGGCAAGGGCAAGAAGCCCGAAGAUGAAGAGAGCAGAUGGAAACCAAUCUUCUGGAAGUCCCUCGAGUCGACAUUCACUACACUCGCAUCACUUGCCGCUAUGUCCAAGAGCGAAGACGGGCAUCGAGAACAUUGGAUUCUUCGCGAGGAGCAGACCAAGCUCGAUGCUAUUGUUCGUGGUGAACUCAAAGGGCAAUACUAUCUUAUAGUAGGCGAGAAAGGAACUGGAAAAAGCUCCAUGCUUAUCGACGCCAUGGCAAAGAUUGAGGGUGAAGGUGUUGCGAUGUUCGACGCGCAUUCUGAUCUCGAGAUCUUCCGCGUACGCCUAGGAAAAGCCCUCGAUUUCGAGUAUCACGAAGACAACAUUGGAUCUCUCUUCUCAAUCCGUGGCCCGCGCGAUGCUUCCGCCUUGCUCGACAUUGAGAGAGCAUUCAACAAACUGGAAAAAGUGGCAUUGCGCAGGAGAGCAACUGUUGGACGACCACUUAUCAUGAUCAUUAACAACAUGCACUUGUUGCGAGAUGAUGAGGAUGGGCGUGAUCUUCUCGAGCUACUCCAGCAAAGAGCUGAACAAUGGGCUGCCAGUAAUCUGGCCACUAUAAUCUUCAACAGUGACGACUACUGGGUCUACGAAAGACUGAAGCAGUUGGCAACACGUAUGGUGGUGAUGCCAGUCCCCGACCUGCCUCGGGAUAAAGCCAUGAUGGCAUUAUCCAACUACCGGGCAAGAUACCAUAGUAAACAACCUCUAGAUUCCGAAAUCCUAGAACAGGUCUAUCAGAAAGUGGGAGGUAGGCUUGCCUUUCUCAAUCGCGUCGCAAAAUCCCACGACAUGCUUCAGACCUGUGAAGACAUCUGUCGUGCAGAAAAGACUUGGCUUCUGUCACAGACUUGGAUUCUUGGUGAAGAGAUGGACGACGAUGUAAUGGACCAACAGAAAUAUGCUGUGACUGCAAUGGUUCUAGCAAAAGCUCUGGUAGACAAGGAGAAGGAGGAUAAUCUCGAGUACGACCUUGAAAAGGGUCAUAUGCUCCCUCAAAUCCCCUUGCACAAAGCAAGGCAGAUCAUGACGCGAGCCGACUUCAUCCAAAGCUACGAUGCCAUCAAUAUCUUCACCAUUGACAGUAGGGCUAUGAGUAUCGAACUACAAGGCAGACAGAACUACGAAAGAACGUUUGAGCUACACCAAGGAGUCACAGAUGGGUUCUCAUUAUUGUUGCAGAGGACGAGCUCCACAGACUCUGAGGAAGCUACACUACGAAAGGGAGCUUCAUCGCUCCUUAGCAUGUGCUUACGGAGAGUACCGGACUACAUUCGGGCGGAAGAAGACUGGCGCAAAAGUAUCGACGAAGACGACGACACAGACGUCUCUGCUGAGGUCUAUGAGGAACUAGAGGAUCUCGGCUCGAUUCAAGGACGUGGAUGGUCAGGUUUGCGCGAAGUUGUAAUUGCACAUGGUGUCAGUCUUGUCCAUGAGAUUAUCAGAGACAAGCUUGUAGCAACAGAGACCAGGGCAGAACUUGCAAGAAUACCUGCCAAAUACGGUCUGCACAAAAUGUCGGAAGAUCUGCUCCUUGCUUACGCCCAAUCAUUGCCUCUCAAACGCCCGCUUGGUGUGGACUCUCGUCUCUUCAACGGGUGUAUUUCAAGCCUGACGGUGAUACAACCAGCCAACGCCAAGAAUGAGACGUUCGUUCGCCUUCUUGAUGCGCUAUUUUCUUCUGGUCGCCUGAAGAUAUCAUGGUUGGCGACCCGGGAUAUGGCCAGCCUAUCAAGUGGCAUGAUUAGAGCGCUAGCUUCACAAUCUGGUAAUCUUGGUUAUAUCCUGCAUUUCCUCCAGGGUCGCAUCUCUCAGAUCUCAAGAGCAGAACUGGUACAGAAAGACGUAAAAGAACAGGGGCCAGAGGGUAACCUGGAUGUUUGGCUGAGACUAGAGAAGUCGCUCAGCAAUACCACAGUCAGCAUCAUUACUGUGCUCACAGCGAUCGUCCUGAUAGAGCGCAACACACACGAUCCCAAUGACAUCUCGGAAAGAUGCACCGCUGCCGAAUCUCUCCUCGCACGCCUCUCAAUCAUUUGGGCAGUGGAGAGUUCAUUGCUCUCUGCUAAGACCUUUGCCACACAAAGGAGCAGGCACUUCCUCGACGACGUUGAAGCUGCCAUGGCACAACAUAAGCCUCUGAGUGACCAGACCACAGCCAUUGCCUCGCACUCCAUAGAUGCCCAUGUUGCAGAACAAGGGCUACGAUGGGAAGAAGGUCUCUGUGAGUGGAUUGUCGCAUCACCGUUACGCAUAAGGAAGGCCCGAAAUGUGCCUGCUAUGGCGACCAGGAGCCGAUCAAAUUCAUCUUCUGAUCAAGACAAUGACCUGGACGACAGCGGCUACCUCAGUGAGGUCAAGGAAACACCGACACUUCAACGCAAGGUCGUUAACAUAUCGACCAUGCUAGCGUCACCGGAUGUGCUAGGUUUUGAUUCUGAGAUGCCCUACUACCCCGGAAUUGAUUUCGAGGCACACAGAGCUACAAUCAUGUCACAAGGUGCAUCUCCUGCUAGGCAGUCUCCAAAGUCUCUUGCUCCCCAGAGCAGAGCGCCAGAUGCAGUCCAAACUGUUGCCAUACCUCUGAAGACCAGUGGUGAGAUUACCGAAAAGACAUUGGAGAUAGUGGAAAGGCCAGCAAAGAGGAGAAAAGGCCAGGCCACGAUGGAACAAAAAACCAAAGUCGCAUCCACGGUUCUGGAAACAGCCAAGCAACCAUCUCGAUUCGCAGAACAAGACUGUAUCCAGGAGGAAAGAUUCGAAUCGUUCGAGAGCGAGAUUGAUGAGCUGGCCAUGAGUUGCUCCAAACCAAGGCAGAAGGUACCAAUUGCCAGGAAAGCGGUGCCACCGAAAUCCCUCAGCAGGACCUCCCUUCCAAGCAAACGAGCCAGCGAUCAGGUUGUAGAUAUCAGUGAUGAUGAGUUGGGCUUUUGA